AUGAACCGCCUAUUCGGCGCGAAGAGCAACGCCCCCAAACCCGACCUCAACAGCGCCAUAUCCAAUGUCGACACGCGCAUCGAAUCAAUAGACGUCAAGCUCUCCAAACUCACCGCCGAACUGCAAACCUACCAACAACGACUCUCACGUAUGCGCGAUGGCCCGGGUAAGAACGCGAUCAAGCAGAAAGCCAUCAAAGUUCUCCAGCAACGAAAGAUGUACGAGUCACAAAAGGACCAACUACAAUCACAAUCCUGGAACAUGGAGCAAGCAGGCAUGAUGCAAGACAACCUCAAGAACACCAUGGCGACGGUCGAUGCGAUGAAGACGACGCAGAAGGAGCUGAAGAAGCAGUAUGGGAAGGUGAAUAUUGACAAGAUCGAGAAGAUGCAGGAUGAGAUGGCGGAUCUGAUGGAUAUGGGGAAUGAUAUUCAAGAGAGCAUAUCGCGGUCUUAUGAUGUGCCGGAAGAUGUGGAUGAGGCGGAGCUGGAUGCUGAGUUGGAGGCGCUGGGUGAGGAGGUGGAUCUGGAUACCGGUGCUUUGGGCGAGGAGAUGCCGUCGUAUUUGCAGGAGAGUGCUGGGCCGCCGCAAUUCAUUGAUGAGGCGCCGGAGGCGGGGAAGGCGAAGGAGGCUGCUACUUGA